GAUAGGCAGAGAGAGCAAUAGGGAGAAAUGAGUAAGAGCUGAAAUAGUGUACGGCAUAAUUCCUGCUCUGUGAUCAUAGAUACUCUAAGUGAAAAAACCAGGAGAGGGGGCAGAGAGAGAGAGGCGGUUAUCAGCUCAACCUUUGCAACCGGCUCAGGACAUCUAUAGAUAUUUAUAGAUGUUAAAACAAAAACAACAACCUUGACCUGAAUAGAGCCUUUCUUAAAAAGAAGGUCCUGGCAAUUCUGUCUUAUUUAAGCAAUUUCCUGAGUCUAAGAAUAGAAAUGAGUUGCCUGGAAGGCACUGCAGGCUGAAAUUUGGAGACAGGCUGCUUUAUUUUAUUUUUCCAAGCAUAAAACCUUCCAUUUGGAUACUGGAUUUUUAUGUCGGUCUUUGAAGAGGAGGGAUAUAUGGUUACUUUUAAUUUUACUUUUUUUUUCUCUCUCUUAAUUUUUAAAAAACUGUACUCCAGUUAAAAAGCAAGGAAACCAUUUUACCUGCAUGUGACAAUCCCAGAGGACACCGAUCAAGAAACAGGGGAGUGACUUGGUCUUCUGCACUGCUUUGCUCCUAACCCAAAUUUUUUAGGGGGAGAGAAGGAUUUUUUCCAGCCCAAGAAUCUCUUGCCCCCAAGUUUUGGAAGGGGGCUGAAGACUUGUCACCCAGCUGGGGGUGCAUGAAGGGCAUUGGUUUUCUUUCUCCGUUAACUUGGUUUUGUGAAGGAUUGGAAGAUAAUUUUGCCUUCCUGACUUGCCUGGAACAAGAGGAUGAUUUGGAAGUGGCUGGGCGCUCUGCUGCUUUUCCCCGUGCAGAUGGUGUAUCUGGUGGUGAAAGCUGCCGUGUGCAUGGUGCUGCCGCCCAAGCUCCGCGACCUGUCCGGGGACAACGUGCUCAUCACCGGCGGGGGCAGAGGCAUCGGCCGCCAUCUGGCCAGGGAGUUUGCCAGACGAGGAGCCAGGAAGAUCAUCCUGUGGGGUCGAACUGAGAAAUGCCUGAAGGAGACCACAGAGGAGAUCAGGAUGAUGGGGACAGAAUGCCAUUAUUUUGUCUGUGAUGUAGGAAAUCGAGAGGAAGUCUAUCAGCAAGCCAAAGCUGUGCGGGAGAAGGUGGGUGAUAUCACUAUCCUGGUGAACAAUGCUGCUGUGGUCCAUGGUAAGAGCCUGAUGGACAGUGAUGAUGAUGCACUUCUCAAAUCCCAGCAUAUAAACACCCUUGGACAGUUCUGGACCACCAAAGCAUUCCUGCCAAGGAUGCUGGAGUUGCAGAAUGGACACAUUGUUUGCCUGAACUCUGUCCUGGCCUUGUCAGCCAUCCCUGGUGCCAUUGACUACUGCACCUCCAAAGCCUCAUCCUUUGCCUUUAUGGAGAGCCUGACCCUGGGGCUGCUGGACUGUCCUGGAGUGAAUGCCACAACAGUCCUGCCCUUCCACACAAGCACAGAGAUGUUUCAGGGCAUGAGAAUCAGGUUCCCUAAUCUUUUUCCUCCUCUCAAGCCAGAGACAGUGGCUAGGAGGACAGUAGAAGCUGUUCAGAUGAAUCAAGCCUUCCUGCUCCUUCCAUGGACAAUGCAUGCUCUUGUCAUCCUAAAAAGCAUUCUCCCUCAGGCAGCACUUGAAGAAAUCCACAAGUUUUCUGGGAGCUACACCUGCAUGAACACUUUUAAAGGACGAACAUAAACUUGGUGGUGCAAGGACUAUUCUUCAGUGAAACCAACAGAAGCAUUAAAAUCCUGACAAGACUGAAUCAGCAGUCUUGGCUUUUAGCCUGUUCACAUGACUUGUGCUGCUCUGAGGCAACACAUUUCUUGCAGGUCAUAUCCAUAGUAACAUGACCUUUGCACAGGAUUGAACGACUAGACUAUGGACCCUUGGAAAGAAAAACACAAAGUGUGAAAUGUCUAUAUGAUGUUUAAUUCUUUAGAGUUCAAUUGUUAAAGCUACUCAUAGUUCUAAGAUGUAAUUUUUGUUUCUGAAGUGUCUGCAGGCUGUCUCAGCUGAGAGGCAGCACAUCACACCCCAUACUUCAUCCCCUUUCUUCAGAGGAACUGCAAUUACAAACUGCUCCUGGUUUCAUUUCAGCUUUUUGAAUGGGGAAAUUAAAAGAUACUUUGAAGAACUAAGUUAUGGACGUUUAAUGGAAGCUUCCUUCCCUUCCUUCACUUUACAUCUGUUGAUGGAGCUGUUCUCAACUCACAUCAGGGAAGGAGCAAACUGUGGAGAGAUGUUUUCUUUGUUCAAGGCCACCCAGGACUUCUGGCUGGAAGGACUGUGCUGGGCCCAAGGAAGCUGUCUUACUUCACCUGUGAAGGCUGGAGAGGAGCACUCAGUCAGAACAGCAGACAGUUUGAGUAAUGGAAGAUUCUGUCACUGGACUCAUAUAUGAAAUUUAAUUGUCUUUCUGAAUAUUUUUGUUCAUUUAUGAUAAAAUAUAUCUAUAUUUUUAGCAUUAAUCCCAGAUUGCCACACACGUAGGCAGCGUCACACUGGGGGUGAACUAAAUCUAGAACUAAAACUAGAGCCUGCUUGUACAAACAUACAUUCACUGACACAAUCCAUGCAGAGGAAAAUCCAUUGUAUCUAUCUGCACAGUGAAGUAAGUGGAAUAAUGCUCUAAAAAUAGAAGAGACAGUACUGUAGUGCUAAUGAAAUGUGAAGUUUGGAAGCACAGUUAGCAAAGACCUGAUUAAAUGCAUGCUGAAUUCAACUGGGAAUAUACCCACUGGUUUUUAGGGGCAUUGAAUCAGGCACUGAUCAGCCAAAAGUGAUAAAUACUGCUUGGACUGACAUGCUAGAAGCAGCUAGACAUUAUUUAUUUUUGUAAUGAUAUAUUCUCUGUGACAGCCUAGUGAGAGCAACACUGCAUUCCAUUGCCAGAUGCAGUGUGCAGCACUAGGCAUCGUGAUGUCCUUGAAACAUUGGAUCACUACUAAAAGAGGAAUUAAUAUAAUUGCAAUACAGGAAAGCUGCAAGCUUACCUGGAAAACACCUGAAUGAAGCACCUCAAGGGAGGCCAUGUGGUGAAGGAGUGAAUUUAGGGCUCCUGACUUGAAUUUCGAGCUUUUCCAUAGAUGUCCUGUGGGACCAGGGGCAAGCUGCAUGAUGUCAAGGUGCACCCUGACCUGCAAAGCAGAUAUUUCUAGUGUUUCCCUACCUCAAAAGUUGUAAGUCUAACUACCUAAAUGUUUGUCAGAAGCUCAGCAAAUUCAAAUGGAACAUGUUAUAGAAAGGAAAAGCAGUAUUUGUUCAUAAAUCAAGAGGUUCUAUACAAAAAUUUAGAAGAGGAAAAAGCCCAUAAAGAGAAAUAGACAAUUUCCUAAAAGAGAGAGGAGUUACAGCAGAACAGUGAGCUGUAUUUGAGAUUUCUUUGGUUCUGCCAUGUGGAAUGGAGACCAGCAGCUUGGGUGCAAUGAUGUGAAUGUUCAGAUCAGAAGGGCUGACUGCACAUCAGUAGAUGCAUCUCUUCUUGAGCAGUUUAAGGGGAAGAUACUGCCAAAAGCACCAUUGAUGCCAGCCCCUCUGCCUGCUUGGGUACUUUGAGGAGCUCUCUUAUCUGGGUCAGUGCUUUCCUUCUGAGUGCAGAACACACAAGCUGUAGCACUGUGCCAGCUUGGAAAAGGUUUCUUACAAUAGAGUUUUGUUUUCAAUUCCUAGAUGGCUGAGGCUCUCUGGAGAGGAUGAAAAGAAACUUUGAUCUCUGUGAUUUUGAAGCCCACCCUAAUAGAUGCCUUCAGCUUUAUUUUUUUCAAUUUUUUUAGAAGAAAACCAGUUCAUUGAAAAGGCAAAUGCAAUGAGAACCCUUCCAGGAUCUGCCAAUAAUACUGAAGGUACCAUAUUUAUCAAGAGAUGCAUUGGAGGGGAAGGGAUGAUGAUGUGUACCUCCCCUUCUGCACUCUAAUCCUUUCUAGUUCCUCAUUAUUCACAGUCAAGCAUGCCAGGAUUGUAGAUGCAAGAGCAACCACAAUUGGUGAAGGAGGGCACCCUGCAGUGUCCCCCUUAAAUUAAACCUUAAUGCUGAGAUUCUAUUCAUUGGUGACCCCCUAAUGCAAAAGUGAGGUAAAAACCAGUACAGACAUCAAAAUUAACUCCCCACUCAUCCCCAAAUCCUGUCCCUUCAAUGAAUCUGCUCUUUUCUUGCACUGCAUAAAAGAUAUUCCCUAUCUUCAGAGGUUGUCUUACAUACUAAGUGCUGUUGAUUUCUUUCUAAUGAAUAUAAACAAGUCAGAAUGUAGCUGAGACUCUUGUCAUCGCCUCUCAUACACACACACACACACACACACACACACACACACACACACACAAACUUGCCUCUUUCUUUCCCUCAGGGUCUCUGAGCAGACAACAGGUCAAAUAGCAGUCACAGUGGGGGAGAGGUAUGCAGCAAACAGCAAAUGAGGAAAACAUUGACUUUGCUUUUCAGAUAGUAGGGAAAAGUUGUGUAAGAGAGUUUCUUCUCUCCUGAGUGUUGCAAGGCAAAAUGCUCUCUAUCCAGUGAGUUACUUGCAUAUCUGGAUGGAUACAUUUGAAGACUUUUUUUUUUUUUACAGAAAGUCUCCUCUGGAAUGCCUGCUGAGGUCUACUGUCCUUUUACACAUAAGGUUAGUAUUGGGCAAUCUUGAAGUGCUGCAAAUGUGGACAAGCUUUGUUGAAGCCUAAGGCCUUCUCAAAGGCAUUUCCGCCCUUUGACUUAUUUUAAUUUUGGUUUUCCCUGCUCUCCCCACUGCCUCUUGCUUUCCACUGCACAACUAUUUUUUUUUUUCUUCUGUUUUCCUAUGUCAUUACUGCACUUCUCAGUGCCACCAUCUUGAAGCCAGAUGUCAUACAAAGAGUCUGGAGUAAAUCUAAAUCAGGGUAUAUAUUUAUUAUCCUGCUGGAGGAAUCUAGGUGAAGCUGUAGAAGCAGUUCACAGAAGUUUCCUAUGAAAUGAGCUAGGCUCUUCCAGUUUGACUUGCUUCAACCUAUGAAGAAGACCCCUUAUUAUAUUUUUAUACAGGAGAACACUGCUAUUUUAAAAUUGGAACAAUAGGGAAAUGUUAGUCAUUUGGGGACACAUUCUCCUACCAUAAAGAAACCCCAACCUAUUUAAAUAAGAAGAUUUUUCAGUUCCAGGUGUUUUCAGAGGAUGGUGUUUUUCCAAAGUAAUUUUCAGGAUUAGUGAGGCAGGGCAGGGAGAGGAGGGCUCCUUUGUAAUUAAAUCUGAUUCCUCAUGUUCAAUAUUUGAUACCGUGUUUUGGCUUUGAGGAAAGAAAAUUAUUUUCCUCAUGCACCCUUGGUGAGCUUUACAAGGUCCUUCCAGCUGUAGCCCUGCUGAUGGCAUGUUUUCAGCAGGGUGAGUGAGGAGUGAGCUGUGAAAGUGGGAACUAUACUCCCCCUAUACAUCCACUACUGUGUUGAUGUUAAAAAGUGACAGAGUCCAGCUCUAUAGUUCUUCUAGAACUUCACAGAAAGUGCCUGGGCAAGUGAUUCUGAUGUUUGCAAAGAGAAACUUGUUGUACUUUUAUAUAAUGUGUUAAUUAGUGUGGGUGGAUAUGAUCAGAUCUGGUCUUGCAAGCCUUUCAGACAACUCCCUGAACACUCCCACCUCCAGAUAUUACCAGAUAGCACUGCACUUGCCAAAGCUCAUAAAAACCUGGUAAGUCUUAAUGCAGACAGAGCAUAAGUGGGUACAUUUAUUUCAAAGAGAACACAUCUGUUUGUAGCAGACAUUAAUUUGUCCUAGUAUUUUCCUCUAGCUGAAAUGCAACUGUUGAGAAAAGAAUACAGGGUGACCUUGGAUCAUCUGCUUUGUUUUUGUUUCUUCAUGUGGCUUUAAUAAACUUAGUCUGUGUGACAGCCACUUUUUUGACAGCACUUGUUCAUAAGUUUGGGGGUAAAGCAAGAUGUCAAAUGUAAUAUUUUGCAUUAUUCACCAAACAACCAACAGCCCUGAGAAUCAGAAUAUUCUGCCCUGUCUUCUAGCUCUCACCCCCCAGUGCCAAGUGGAACCUGUAAGUUGCAGGCAGCAGUUACCUUCUCUAGUGAGGAGAACCUUCUUAGAGAUUUUGAGAUGUGAAUAGUGGCAGGCACCUCUCACGGAUUUCAACAACUAACCUAGAGAAGAAAGACAUUAAGAAAACCAGGACUUCACCUUCUCCCUGCUACUCAUUCUCUUUUAUCUGAUGGGAAGCUGGCAAUUCAGCCACUUUUCUGCCUGAUAAACUGCCUCUCUUCCCACCCGCUACGCUACAAAGAGCACCUUGGUACCUUUCUUCAGUACCUUCAGGAGGCUGAACAGCUUCAGUAGAAACAACCUCCCUGUGCUCCUUAGAAGAGUCAGAUCAGCAAGGUGUUAGGGAGAAGACCAGACAGUUUAGAUGGGGCUGAGGUGCCCCAGCCUGUGGACUGCAGAUGGAAGACUCAGGACACAACUUGCCUGUUGCCAUAGUAGUGAGUAGUGAGUUCCCUCUGCUCCUGUCAUCUUUUCUAAUAAAAGUAACACCCUCUCUUGUUUCUGCCACAGAUUCUUCAAGCAGAAACACGUACUGAUCCAGCCUGUGUGGACUGGAUACAACAGAAAAGCGUAGACCUCUGAGGAGACAAUUUUUAUCUUCACACCUUCCCAAAGAGUCCAAAAUUAUUAGUUCCUUAUGCUCACUUUUGCUAUUGGUAUCCUGACAUAUUCAUGCAGAAAAAAAAAAAAAAGGCAAGUGUAUAAGCUGAUUUUUCUCUAUAAAUCUAGACAAGAACAGUUUCUCCUUAAAUAAGGGAGGAAAGCACUCUGAGCUUGAGAGUGACCAAAGAGUAAGUGUAUAGGAACACAAAAGAGGGGAUAGAUGCAAUUUUAGGGUGAGUGUGGUGGCCCUAAGCAGGCAGAGGCAAGAUGCCACCUUCUAUUCCUGCAGGUAUAUAAUAAUAGAGGCAUGUGCUUUCCAUCCAAAUCCACUGACUGUAAAGAAUAUGUUAUUGUUCCUGCGGGUCAUCAUGCCCUAAAAAGCAAUCCAUUAACUUUGUAGCUUGCUGGCUCAGAACACCCCAAUUACAUGUUACUGUUUGCUGUCUCUGGUGGUUGGUGGUUUGUUUUUUGAGGAAGGGAAAGCAACCCAUAUAUGUAGAAACAAGGAAGGGUCAGUCUAACUCGCCACUCCUUCCUAGCCAGCUGCAACAGUCAUCCAUCAUGCCCAGGUAUUACCAGACAGUGGUUCUCUGUCUUAUGUUGUAACUAUCCUCACCUACCACUACUAGAGAGAUGUGCUUCAGUUUUCUGAACCUCUGGCUUUUUUUCAGAUGCAAAAGCAUUUUUUUAGUUUUAAUUUUAUCUCAAAGGGUUGCCUCUGUAUUACACAGGCUUUUCACAGACAGGCAUCCUAGGCAUGAAAUUUUCCUGUCUGUGUUAAUAAAAUGAUAAUUUAAAAAUGCAAAAGUGAGAAGCUGCUGUUUGACAUCUUGCCAAACAUCUUCUUCCCCAAGCAAUGUGGAAUUAAUGUAGAGGAAAACGGUUGGAACAUCAGUGCCUUAAACCUAGACAUCUCACAAGCCUGCUAACUGCUGUCUGAGAAUGACCCUGGCUUCCAACAUUGACUUCCUAUAUGUCUCUGAGGGAGGUUGCCACUGGGAUGGGUUACCUGAGCAGGUACAGUGCACUACUGCAGAGAAGCACUGCAUGGAAAGCUGCAGUACAUAUAAUCAUUGAACUAAUUAAUUUAAAAUUACGGUCAUACAAGACAGUUUAAAAAAAAAAAAUAGAUUGAAGAAUGAGAUAAUGGGAUAGCCAGUCCAAAACCAAGCACUGUAUGUAGUGAGGACUCAAGUUGCCCUUAGGUGCCUGAGAUCUGUCCUGUGGCUGGUGCCUUCCCUUGAGCAGAUACAGGCUGUUGUGAAGCUUCUCCAUCUUCCUUUGGUAGCAUCAGGCACAUUGGAGCACAGACCCCAGCUGCUGCUUCUGCUUUGGGCACGGCUGUUGAUCUAAUGAGCCUUCCCAGAUCCUGUUUUGGCACACUACAGUAUUGACACGAGCUGUAAGAAAAGGAGGUAAUUCCUUGCUAUGUUUUCCAGGGAAGUCAACUACUAGCACCUUUAUACAGAGAGGGGAGCAAAGUAAAUGCAGGGGAGAUACAGUUUCUGGAGCUUGUCACCUCUGCUAUUACUUGUUUUCCACUAUGACCACAAUUAUGACCAUAUUGGAAAAGAAGUGAUGUCUGGACUCUCUUCCUGGAGCCUGCUGGGAAUGCUGACUUCAUGCAGGCACACCAUAGCAAUGUCAGGUCACUUGCAUGGUCACUAUACCCCCUGCAACUUUGCCUGUUACAAGUAAUAGCAGAGAUGGCAAGCUCAUUGCCUCUGCUCUCUCAAGUGUUGAGUGUAGCAAAGAGCCUUUUAAAAAAAUACCCAUCCAUCAGAGAACAAAGUAAUUCUUUGGUUCAGUGUCAGCCUUGGAUAAUGGAGGAGACUCUCUCAGGUACCAGAAAGAGAAACCACAGCAUCUCCUUGAUGAUUCCUUGAGGUCUCAGGCCACAUUUCCCCUUGUUAAUAAUAAAGAAACUAGGAAGAAUAUGACUGACUCAAAUUAGCAAUAGGAUUACACUGAAUCACAACUCACUUUGUGAGCUAUUUCUUGGCUUUCUUUUCCCUAGCAAUAAAAUACCCUGUGGUCUCUUCUGGAUUUGCAUCAGGGCUGUAAAUUUGUGGAGGAGACUUGCAGGGCUGGGCAGUAUUUUGUUACUGUUGUAGGGGCUGUGCAAAAGGUAGUAGGGAGAGAAAGUUACUAGUAAGCAAUUUUCUGUGUGCUUCAGUGGGUAAGUAGUCUGUAACUUUAAAUAUUCUAAUAUUCUUGAAUAUUCAGUAUUAGUGAUCUGACAUGUUUCUCAACUCUGCUAUUGCAAAACUUCUUCACGCAUAUCAAUUAUCAUCAUACUUUGGAACCCUAAAACACAUUCAGCUUUUCUGUUGUCCUGUUGGUAUAGCUGAGGUUUAAAAAGCAUGUUGGUCAAAUGAAAUAAUGUCCUUGAAUUUCUUUAGGAGGCAUCUGAUGCUGACACAGAAAAAUAAUUCUAAAAAGAAGUGUUGAUGUCCUGCAGCAAAAGUUGCUACAUACAUGUUAAAAAUACCAAGAAGUCAUGUACAAACAGCUAUUUUUAUUCAUUCCAUAGAUGCUCUGCUUCCAUCAUUACAGCGUUAUAGAAUUGAGCCUUCUUACCUAAUUUUGAGUAAUUUAAACAUACAAAGUCAAUGAAUCUUCAUUCCAGUUUUAAAAAUAAGUUUCCCAAUACACAUCCCAUCUGUUCAGAUUACAGAAUUGUAUGUUUUCUUAAGCAAAAAACUAUAAUCUGUUUUUUUAAUUCAGACAAGAACUCCCCACAGCUCUCAUUCUGGACAAAAAUUAAGAAAACAAUCUGAAUUAUUUCACACUGUUAAGCCCAGUGUUUAGGAGCACUGACACUUUCUGGCUGGAAAUGUCUUGUUUCCUGUGAUGCAACCUGGUAGGUAGCAUUGCAAUCUUCAGCACUUCCCUUUAAAAACCUCUUCACCUUGCCAGCCAGAUUUGCCACUGACUCUUAAUUUCAUACAAUAAAGGAAGUUACAUUCUGUCUUUCUUCUUCAGUGAACUAAAUUCUUGCAAAGGAACUCCCAGAGAAGAUCUUUUGAAUGAGCCACAGGAGCCAUGCUGAGUUUAUUUUAGUUGGGUUUAUAUUAGGUCUGAUUUUUGCUGAUCCCUUCAUUUUUCAUCAUUUUGUCUGUCUCUUCCAGUUGUUCCUGUUGGGGAGGACUGUGUUUUGAAAGUUUCUGAGCCAGAAUGCUGGGUGUGCAGAUUAUUCAUCUCUACACCUUUCCCUUCAGGCAGUCUCUCACCUGUGUGUUCCUGUGUCCACACCUUCUCAUACUGCCCUAAAUAUCUUUGCAAUUAGCUUCCUUUAAAGCAUUAAGUGUACCAAAAGCCCAGAGAUCCAGCAACAGUUCUGCCUAACAGCUUGAUAACUGCAUGUUCUUUUUAACACUGACAGGAUUUGAAUUUGAACUGGGAAGGACUUACAGGUCAUGGUUGGCCAGAACAUCAUUUUAUGGUUAAAGGGGGAAUCAGAAUCUAAAAGUCAAGCAACGAAAGAAGGAAGGUUUGCUGAAAUAGUAUGAAACGUCCUAAGUGCAAAUGGUAGGUUUAGGUGCAACAUCCCUGCUUUCUGGGACAGAGAAUUGAACUGUAGAUCUAGAGGUGUUUAUAGAUCAGUACUGAAGUAGAAAAUAAACAGCCAAUAAAGCACAUGAACCCUUUCCAUCUGUCUUAAUAAUGGAAAUACGGUGCAAGCCCUGAACUGCAGGGUACCCAACACUGCUGUUCGGUUUCUUCUGAUGAUUUUCCUUUCAGGAAUAUUAAAAUAGAUUGUUCUGAUGGUACCUAAAGGUGUCCUUUUGCAGCAUAACCUACAUACCAGGUUGGAUGUGCUCUAAGGCUGGAUGGGCAACUCUUCCUCUAGUGAUCUUCAUUACAGCCAGCAGAACUGCUUGACACUGGCAAUCCUUGCUGUAAAAUUAGCCUGUUUUCUUUCAAUGGAUCAUUUAAAAAUACAUUUCAUUUAUCAAAUACUUUAUAUACUUAAUGGUUCCUGACCAAUGAUUUGCUUGCCAGCUGCUCACCACAACUACCACUUUGAGUGCUUGCCAUUCAUUAAUGUCUAGUUUUCCUGUGGAACUGGUCAUCCAAACCACAUGGUGGCUUUGCUUUCCCCUGGCUGGAUGCCUUCCAAUCCCACAGAAAGCUUUCUAGGGGCUCCAGUAUGUCUGAUGAUGACUGUGAGAUGGCUUCUGGCAACAAUAUUAAUGCAAAUGCAUACUUGAACGCGUUCUCAUGACAUAUUCCAAUCUUGUGAUCAAAAACGUGCUUAUAGACAUUUUCAAGGGAAAAAAAAACAACUAACUUGGGAUACUGUCAAAAGUGCAUUUGCCUUUACUUAUAGCAGCAAAUAUUCAGAGUUUGGUUUUGGUUCUUUCAGUGGAUUCACCUCUCAGCCUCAGGUUGUCGGGUGUGUGAGGAAGAGAAAUCACACUGUGCUACUCCUGGAAAUAGUUAAUGAAUAAAAAAGUUACCUCCUGACAUCAGGGCAUAGUAUAUUUCUCUAAGAAGGGAAUGGCAUCAUUUUUUGGGAUUUGUUUUGCUGCAUACUCACCCCUAGUUCAUUUAAGAAAAUAAACCCCUAAAUGGAAUAGAGUUGCACUGCCCUUAAAUUUGGAAGUGAGCAAAUGCAGAAGAGAACUGAGAACACAGGUGCAUUAGCUGAAAGGCUGUGCUUGCUGCUGAGCAUAAUGCAAUUCACCUGAUGCUCGUUCACUCUCUGAGUAUAGAUUUGAAACUUCUGUAUCAAAACUGCAAGCAUAGCAUUUUAACUAUUAACUAUUUUAACCUUUGCAAACCUUUUCCUAACAGAGCGUUUCAGUUUCUAUUACACACAUAGGGCAAGGGUGGAAUGGAAAACUAUACAGUCUUGCCUGGUGUCACAGAAUAAGAUAAUAUCUGAUUGCACUGAUGGUUUAACCCUUAGGGUCACCCUAAAGCCUUUGUGUGCUUAGAUCACCCAUUCCUGGCCUAGGGUUCAGAGGCAGGUGCCAUUUAAACUGCCAAGAUCCAGGUUUGACAAAAAGUUUUGCUCCAUGAGCUGUUGCUUACUUAGUUAUGUUGCUCUGUAUAGACAAACCCUACUGGCAAAUUUGUAAUCAGGUUUUCACACUUGUAGCUGACCCUUUAGAUUUGAUUAUAGCUUCCUCUAAAUGCCGUAAUUCCAACAUUUCCAUGCCUUAAACCAAAACGAGGCUUGAAAACCCUGGCCUUGGUUCCUCCCUGCUAGCUUGGCCAGGUGUGUUUUGGGGGAAGGGGAAAGAUAUCUGCUGUGUUAAAUUGACCCAGAAAUGCAAAGGCUCUGAGGAUUUAAUCACAGAAUUGUUUGCCUGGGGGCACUCAUGAUAGAUUUUUUUGUUUCUUGGAACUUUUAGCAAACGUAGCCUUUGUUUGCAUUUUUCUGUGGUAUGUGUUUACUGUUCAUUUGUGCUGCACAUGCUGUGAGAAAUAAGCCAUUAUGUUGGUAUUUUUUUUUCCUUUCUCCUGCUUUCAUUCUUCUUACCCCCCUUCAAAAAUCCUUACAAUUCCUUUCAUUAUUUGAUGUUAACAGGACAAAAGAAAUAAAUACUUGAAAGAAGAUACAA